AGGUAAGCUCAGAAUUUCUCGACCUAUCGAGCCAAAGGAUAAGUUAAAGUUGAAAGGUUCAGUCUCAAUCAAAUGGUUUCAUCUUGAUCUUAAUUUAGUAAUUAGUUCCAUCCUACAAAAAAUUCAAGAUAGUGUUUUAAUGUUUUUAUGGCAUUAAAUAAUAGCUUUAGAAAUGUCUUUCUUUCCCAGCAAUUUGUGAUAAUAAUCCUACAACUUUGAAUUGUGUUGAUCUUCAUACCUAUGGCUGGAAACAGUCAAAUCAGCCAAUAUCACAAGAAGUCAUGGGAUCUGAAGGGGAAGCAAAGGUUUUCGGCCACCGCCGGACGGGCUCCGGCUCGGGCGCCACCGCCUUCAAGGAGCUCACCAAGCGCGAUGCCCAGAUCCGGAUGGGCACAGAGCUGGAUAAGCUCAUGAUGACAGUUCCCGAGGGCUUGAGGGAGGACUACCGGUCGCAGAUGGACGGCUUCCAGCGGCUGUUUUCUCGGUUUAUCCUCGAGAAGGGACCCCAGAUGGUGUGGGACAACAUCCUGCCCAUCACCGACGGCACCAUUCGAUCGUACGACAGUCUGACGGAGCCGUCAGCGGACCAGAUCAAAGACCAGCUCAAUAAACUGGUGGUGGUAAAGCUGAACGGUGGCCUGGGCACGUCCAUGGGAUGUCAGGGACCCAAGUCGCUGAUCGCGGUGCGGAACGAUUUAACGUUCCUCGACCUGACCAUUCAGCAGAUUGAGCACCUGAACAACACCUACAACUGCAAGGUGCCCCUGGUGUUGAUGAACUCCUUCAACACGGACGAGGACACGCAGAAGGUGCUGCGGAAGUACACCGGCUUCAACGUGAAGAUAUACACGUUCAACCAGAGCCAGUACCCGCGGAUCAACCGGGAGACGCUCACACCCGUGGCCAAGACCAUGAACACCAACGACGAUCCGGAGGCGUGGUACCCGCCCGGUCACGGCGACUUUUACCAGUCGUUCCAGAACUCCGGCCUGCUCAAACAGUUCAUCGACGAGGGACGAGAGUAUGUCUUCAUAUCCAACAUAGAUAAUCUGGGCGCCACCGUGGACCGGUCGAUCCUCAACUCCCUGCUGAACCCGCCCUCCGGGGAGCUGCACUGUGAGUUCCUCAUGGAGGUUACCGACAAGACGCGGGCCGAUAUCAAGGGAGGAACGCUCUGCGAGUACAUGAAGAAGGUACGACUGCUCGAGAUCGCACAGGUCCCCAAGGAACAUGUCGAUGAGUUCAAGUCGGUCAAAAAGUUCCGGAUAUUCAACACCAACAAUUUGUGGAUUAACCUCAAAGCGAUGAAGCGGGUGUUGGAGCAGGAGCUGCUGACCAUGGAGAUCAUCGUCAACCCCAAGACGCUGCCGAACGGCACCAACGUCAUUCAGCUGGAGACGGCCGUCGGUGCCGCCAUGAAAUGCUUCAACGGGGCCACAGGCAUCAACGUGCCCCGGCGGCGCUUCCUGCCGGUGAAGAAGACGGACGACCUGCUGCUGGUCAUGUCGAACCUCUACACGCUGCAGGAGGGCACCUUGGUCAUGUCGCCGCUGAGACAAUUCACCACCACGCCGCUCGUCAAACUCGGGCCUAACCACUUCGCCAAGGUGGCCGAGUUUCUGAAGCGGUUCGCCUCGAUCCCUGACAUCAUGGAGCUGGAUCACCUGACAGUAUCCGGAGACGUCACCUUCGGACGGGGAAUCGCUCUGCGGGGCGCGGUGAUUAUCGUGGCCAACCACGGGGACCGGAUCGACAUCCCGGACGGCGCGCGGCUCGAGAACAAAGUCAUCUCGGGCAACCUGCGCAUCCUCGACCACUAGCCGCCCCCGCUUCCUCCCCCGCCGGCCGUCCGCUAACCGGCCACCGCCCCUCCCCCACGUGCAAUGUAGGCGCCCGCCGCGCCCUGCCCGAACCUCAGCCGUCGCUUCGUCGGUUCAGAUGGAAUCUAUAGGCCAGUCCCGCUCAGAAGGGUGACCUGGGACUAUGUGCGCGCACACAGGCGCGGGACUGCCCCGGGUUUUAGACUAGGGAUGAUGCCAUCCCGCCACGCUAUAUUGUGUACAUAACAGUGUGUUUAACAAGAGUGUGUAGCAGGCUCGUAUGCAGGGUGAAUGAAUAUACGCGCUCUCUAAUGGUA